GUGGAACAGAAUAAGAGAGGAGUAGGGAGAAUCGGAGGAGAGGAGGCAGGAGAGGGACGCGUGGCGCAGCGGCCGUGCAAUGGCAGCCACAAGAUCCCUCACUGCCCUUCUGGAACUCACCAAAUGGAGCCCAUUUUAUCUCGUUUUCCAGAAAAAUCCUACGAAAAGCUUUGCCGUCCGACGUGGCGCCCCCCAGUUUAUUCCCAAGACAAGAUCUUUAGCACCAGCAGCAGCGGAUUGUUCACUGUUGUAUCGUCUUCUUCUUCUUCGGCUCUUCGGGCUGCUGGUUUUUUGCUCUGUCGCUCUGUCACCUCACUGUGAUAGAUUGGGAAGAAGAGGCUCCCGGAAAACUGCUGCUCUCUUCCAGGUUUCAAGAGGGCAGUUGAUAAUUUGCUCGGGAGAUUCUGUGUCGGGGGAGAAAAUCUGUUCUUGAUCUUCUCACUUGCUCUGUUGCUCCGGGUUGUUCUCCAAGUAAGUCCACUGAACUGAAAGCUUCUAAAUUUAAGGCCGUGGAUCGAACUCCUUGUAUCACUUGCUGUAGAUUAUAUGCAUAAAGAUUGGAUUUUGGCAGUCCUGUUGAUAGAAUACAAGGACUACUCUGCCUUUGAGGCUUUUAGAGUUGAUGGGUAUUUGAGUGAUGUGAUUAUGGGCGGUUCUGUUGUCUCGCAGCAGAGUUUCUUUCGGCACUUUGCAGCAAUGGUGGUUGAGGACCAGGGUGAAGGAACGGUGUCUGAUACUUCUCAUACAGUUCUGGUGUCUGGUUUGAGCGAUUCUUCCAAGGAUGAGUACUCAAACCGAGUCAACCGACUACAGGAGACGAGUCUCUUCAAUGACCAUUCUCCUAAGAUCAGGAAACCUUAUACCAUGAUGAAGCAAAGAGAGAAAUGGACAGAGGAAGAGCACCAGAAGUUCCUCGAAGCCUUGAAACUGUAUGGUCGCGGCUGGCGCAAAAUAGAAGAACAUGUAGGCACGAAAACUGCAGUUCAGAUACGAAGCCACGCCCAAAAGUUUUUCUCAAAGGUCGCUCGGGAGUCUAAUGAUGGGACUAAUGGUUCUGUUGACUCAGUGGAGAUACCUCCCCCGAGGCCAAAGAGGAAACCAGUUCAUCCGUAUCCUCGCAAGUCAGUCAAUUCUCCAAGGGAAGCUCCAAUCUCUUAUCGAACUGAGUUGGUCGCAGCAAAGGAGAACCUAUCGCCAAGAUCAGUAUUGUCAGUGGGUGGUUCAGAAUCAGAUACAUCGGGACCCUUAGCUUCAGAUGACCAUAGUGGGUGCCCUACGCCAAAUUCUUGCUCCACUUAUGAGAAAGAAAAUGGAUAUCCAGAUAAAGCAAAUACGAGCUCAGAUUCAAGCCCUCUUUCUUCCUUCAAGCUCUUUGGAAGGACAGUCGUGGUCACCGACAUAACCCCAAAAUCAUCAUCUCCUUCAGAUAAAGAGAAUUCUUCUGAUCUUCCUGACCAGAAGGUCGGCGAGACUCGAGCACCGAAUCAGUGGAAUGCUCAGUUUUUAUCGUCGCUCGUAUUAGAAGUACCUCCUAGUUGCUCUUUGCAGUGGAGUUCAUACCAAGGCCUGCCUGUUGUUUUUUUCACGCCAUUUAACCCGAGCUCACUGUCUGACCAAGAUGUCAAGGAACGAUCUUGUACCAUUUCGGAUUCUGAGUCCGUCACUGAAGCUGAAAAUAAAAGUUCAGCUGACAUCAAUCUUUCACCUCGAGACUCUGGCAAGAGAGAGGCUGGAAGAGGUUUUGUGCCAUACAAGAGGAGACAGUCAUCGGUAAAUCUGGGUGACCAGCGCCAACUGUCUCAAAAACCUCGUGUAGAUUUGUAGUACUUUGCUUCUUCACACGUGGUAAUCCGACGAGCAAACUAGGAGGGAACAAGACGACUCUUGUUUCUCUUUCUAUGGUCAAGCGUCCUUGAGUUUUUUCGAUCACCUCUCUUUCGCAGCAAAGUGAAAUAGAUAACCGAAGGAUUUCACAAGGACCAGAGGGCGGCGCCUUUGCAAGCUCAUGAAGAGUUAAAACAAUGGAACGGUACAGUUGAGAGGAAAGCUGUAUGUUAGUGGGGUUCAGUUCAGUGCUGUAAAUUCUAUGCUCCUGUGAGCAAUCGUUCUUUCUGGGCCUUAACCAUGUUUAUAUCUGUCUCUGUUCCUGCAGAACCGACUGUGACAAGCAAUAUAGAAAAUCGAUUUACCGGGUAAGGUAGCGUAGAGCUUCGGUAUGACGACUUUUGCCUAUUUAUGUUUUGAAGGAUGCAGAUCCUGAAUUUCUAUAGCUCAUUGAGGUCAAUACAAAUCAUCUGUAAUCAGUAGUGAUAUGGACACUACUACUCAAGGGUACUAAUAAAGGAUUAAAACCACACCUC